AUGUCCGUGGCAGCGGGAAUAUACGUCAGCGAGAUCGAUCUUGCGACCGGAGCCGCGACCGAGCCCUCCAGGAUCUGGAACGGAACGGGUGAUCGCAACCCAGAAGGACCUCACUUCUACCACAAAGACGACUACUACUACUUGCUGAUCGGCGAGGGCGGGACAGAGACCAACCACUCAGUCACAAUUGCUCGAUCCGAGGUGUUUGAGGGCCCCUUUGUGGGAGCACCACAUAAUCCCAUUCUCACGGCCAAAGACACCAACAAUUACUUUCAAACUGUUGGACACGCAGACCUGUUCCAAGAUGCCUCUGGUAACUGGUGGGGCGUUGCGCUGGCCACUAGAUCCGGUCCAGAAUGGGAGAUUUAUCCAAUGGGCCGCGAGAUGGUGUUGUUCGCGGUCGACUGGAAAGAAGGCGAUUGGCCGGUCCUGGACCCCGUGUUCGGUACCAUGGCUGGGCCUCUGCCGCCGACGAACAAACAUGUUCCUGGGGACGGGCACUGGAUAAAUGAUCCAGAUGUCGUCGACUUUGCUCCAGGCUCGGACCUGCCCAGGCAUUUCUUCUUCUGGCGUCCACCCAAGACCUCACUAUUUGCGGUGUCGCCAAAAGGCCAUCCCGGCACACUCCAGAUAUCCCCGUCGCCCGUGAACCUUUCGGGCACACCGGACUUCAAUCCAGCUGAGGAUGGCCUUGGAUUCAUUGCCCGCAAGCAAAGUGCGACUCUGUUCAAUUACACCGUCGACCUUUCGUUCAAGCCCCGUGUCGAAGACGAGGAGGCAGGCAUCUCUGUGUUCCUGACGCAGUUCCAGCACAUUGACCUAGGCGUGGUCAACCUACCACGCGGCAACGGCACCAAGUCGACUCCCUUCUUCAGGUUCCGGGUUGAGGCGUCUGGGAAGCCCAACAUCACGGUUCCCGAGACAGUGAUCGUGCCAGUUCCGGAUUCAUGGCGAUCAGGCAAGAUUCGUUUGUCGGUCUCUGCUGUCAGCGACUCGUUGUAUGUGUUUGGCGCGGCGCCGGCCUCACGCCCGGGAGAGUACCGGGAAAUUGGGUCCGCCAGUGCUUUGAUCCUCUCUGGAGGCACUGGGCCAUUCUCAGGUUCUAUUGUCGGCGCGUACGCUACUAAUAACGGUGGCAGGGGCAAGACACCGGCGUACUUCAGCAAAUGGAGGUACACUCCUGUUGCUCAGAAGAUCGAUGACGACAGUUUCAUUCCGAUUUAGUCUCAGAAUCUGGUAGCCACUACACAGCUUAGAGAGGUAAAUACAAUUAAUUACUGGUUCAA